AUGGGCCCCGCCUGCAUCUUCCUGAGAAAAGGGAUUGCUGAAAAACAGCGGCCGGAUAGACCCCUGGGACAAGACGAGAUCGAAGAGCUCCGGGAAGCAUUCCUUGAGUUUGACAAAGACCGAGAUGGGUUCAUCUCUUGUAAGGACCUGGGCAAUCUCAUGAGGACGAUGGGGUACAUGCCCACAGAGAUGGAACUGAUUGAACUGGGCCAGCAAAUACGCAUGAACUUGGGUGGCCGAGUAGACUUUGAUGACUUUGUGGAGCUGAUGACCCCCAAACUGCUUGCAGAAACAGCGGGGAUGAUUGGGGUCCAGGAGAUGCGAGACGCCUUCAAGGAGUUUGAUGCCAACGGGGACGGAGAGAUCACGCUGGGAGAGUUGCAGCAGGCUAUGCAGAGACUUCUGGGAGAGAGACUCACGCCCCGGGAGAUCUCCGAGGUGGUCCGGGAGGCCGAUGUUAACGGAGACGGCACCGUUGACUUUGAAGUUUCCUGGCUAGGUGACAUGUAG